AACAACUUCCAGUCCUGCAAGCUCCAUUCAUGGUAAGUGCCCUAUACAGGUGUACCACUUUUUAUCUUUGAUACCGUAUAUUUUAUACUGUAUUUUUACUGUGCCUUUUCUAUUUUUCGAUAGAAAUACUUAUUAUUGUGUUACAAUUGCCUAUUCAGUACAGUAGCAUGCUGCAUAGGUCUGUAGCCUAGCAGCAACAGGCUAUCUCACACAGCCUACGUGUGUAGUAGGCUAUAGCAUCUAGGUUUGCGUAAGUGCACUCUGCAGUGUUUACACAACUACAUCACCCAACAAUGCAGUUCUCUCAGAACGUAUACCCAUCAUUAAUGGACACAUGACUGUACUUAUCCUUAGAAGCAGGUACUACUGUCUCUAACUUAUAUGAGUGAGAAAACUGAGGAUCAAGGGUAUGAAAGUAGCUCAAGCCAACUACCUUACAGGUGACACAACUUGUGUCAAAUUCAGGCCUGACUCCAAAGUCCUAUCAUUGUUUUCUACCAUAUCGUGACUUUUUGUUAAUAACAUUCUGCCUCCUCCUCCUAAUUUGCCUUUUGUUUUCCCUAUUUAAACUAACUCUUUUCUUAUUAAUUACUGGAUUGCUUACCAUCCACCUAAAGUUCAAUUUGAGGCUUUAAUUUCCUAUUACAAUUGAAGACACUGGGGUUAAAGUGUCAAAUGUGUGGCUGCUUUGUUCUCACAGAUUCUACUGUGCUGGGAUUACUUAACAGCUAUUAGGGUGUAAUCGAUGCUUCAGCUUUCCGUAGGAGGGUCUGACAUAAGAGCACCCAUGUAUCCAUCAAAUCAAGCUAAGCUCUAGCAUUCAUAGUCCUCUUACCUUACCAGGUACAAUUUUCCGGUCACAGCUGGAACUCUGCUUAUUUGUGUCUACUAGGCAAAGUUAAUAGCUGUCAAAAGACUAGCCUAAAUCUUCCUUGCAGUAAGACCAAAAGGGGCCUUAACUGUUCAUAUUACAUUUAGAUAGACAAGACACUCAUCCUGUCAAUCUGUCCUGGGUAGAAUAAAAUGGAAAACAAGUGAUCUAAAUUCAUUUUUAUUUCCAACGUCUCAGGAUACAGACAUAGGGCUAUCUUAUUCCAAGAAGCACUAUAUCCCUACAACACCUUUUUCCAGUUUAAGAAAAAAAAACAAAACAAAAAACAAACAAAAAACAUUGAUUCAUCUCUUCUGAAUCUACCAAUUUCUAAAAUAAACUGUCCAUUUUGCUCUUUCACUCCACACCAAUAGCUUCACCUUACAUCUGACUUCUUUUCAUGAAACAUCAUUGUAAUUUCUUCAGUGUUUUCUCUGAUGACUGGAUUAUUCACUCCACACCCCUCAUACCUCCUAUUUAUAAUUUUGUAGCCCUAUCGAAGUCAGUUUCACUGCUCAUUCCUGAUAGGCUCUGAGCCAAUAUAUUGCCAAUAACACUCACUCUUGUGCUAAGUUAAAAUACACAGUGCAACUUGCCAAGUUUCCUUAUUUGGCAAGAAGGCCCCUUAGUUCCCAAGAUCUUUGACCAUCCAUUUUUAGAUCCAAGUCCGCGUGUUUAAUAUUUGGAUAUUUUUCUCUCUUUCCCUCUCUUUACUGUGUCCUUAUAUAUUCCCUAAAAGAAUAAGAAAAACAGAUCAAUCAUUUAUUUGCUUUUUUAGACAAGAAAGUCCUUGCAAUUGCAUCAUGGUCAUUUACUCUGGAAUUAUUAUCACUAAAUUUUUUUAUUUAAACAACAAUAUUUUGCAGUUAAAAAACUCCCCAAAUAAUCUCAAAAAGUUAUAGGAAUUAAAUUGUGAAAGAUUAAAAUAAACAUUGCAGGGGUCCAAAAGACUAUUUUUAUCUUAAUUCUCUAUUCCCAAACUAAAUUCGUAUUCAUUUACAGUCUCCUAAAUCUCUCACUAUAGUAGCAGGAAUUUAAAACAAAGACUCUACAAAUGACCAUAAACAUAAUUAAAAUGCAGCCAUCACUUUUUUUUUUUUCUUUUUUUUGAAAAUUGAAAAACAAGUGAAAUUUCACUGUGGAGAUAGGCCUACUACAAGGAGGACAUUAACUAGCCUUGAAUCACUUGUUUAUUUUUGUCUUUAAACGUGUUUGGAGGUUUGGAUCCACUAAAUCCUAGCUGUUAAUUUCAAGGAAGGUCAGGGAAACAAGAAGUCUCUCCUAAAACAGCUUUGGGGUUAAAGUAGGUACUGUUUUCAACAAUCUUAAUUCAAAUAUCCUCAAAUUCACUCUGUAAGACGAUUCUCACACACCAUUAUUAAUGAGAGCUGCUUACUGUACUAUACUUGGAAUGGGCCCCUAAAUUGUGUUGCUUUCAUUAUUACAGAAACUAACAAAAAUAGUAAUUAAGUUCCCCAUAAACAGUGCUUAUGCGCGAUCUCAAAGCGCAUCAGAAACAUAACAUUUUCGGCGAUCUAACAGAGAUAACCUUUUUAAAAAUUUUUUUUAGGCAAUCGGAUGUCAUCUAGCCAGUCCUGAAUUAAAGUUUUCUGAAAGCUGUCAUGGGCAAGAGAGGCCAGGCGAGGCGGCGGCCUGGUGUUCAUUGUUCCUGCUGGUUAUUCGCAUGGCCUAAUUACGUGAGGAAAACAGAAUGAAAGAAAAUGGAUGGGAAGCAACACCGCUAGCGGCCGAGUUCUUAGAAAAGCAGAAGUUCGUCGUCCCUCGCACGCACAGCGAGUGCUGGGAAGUGGCCUGCAUCCUGCCCUGAUUUGGGGGCCUCGCGGUUCCCCUCCCGACAGUGCCCCAACCACCCGCUGCUUGGCCGGCUCUGCUGUUUGCAGAGCCCCUGCCCGUGCCGCACGCCCAGGGCCGCGGAAUCCCGAGCCGCUCCGGCCUGCGCCUCCAGGCACCAACUUCUCCGUGGGACUGGCCCGAACUUUCCCGAACCGCACUUGGCGGCGCCGCGGCCGAGGUCCCGCGAGGACUCCUCCGGCGCGGCGAAUGCUCGCUCCGGCCGCCGCCGCCGCCGCGCGGGUCCUGGGUCAGGGAGAGGAGCCCCAAGUAGCAUCCCGAGGCCGCCUGGACUCUCGGGCCCCGGCGGAACCUCGGUCCCGAGACGCGAGGACGACUCGCGAGCGCGGCGGGCCUCGCCCCCUCCCUCCCCGCCCUCCGCGGGCUCCAGCCUGGACCCUACCUGGCUCCCAGGCCGGGCGCGAGCAGCAGCCGGGGGCGCGGAGGCCCCGCGCGCGACGAGGGCGGCGGGGGUUGGGACGACAGCGGCCCGCGCGGCUCCCACGCUUCCGCCGGAGUCAGGAGUUGAACAUUCCGCCUCUCUGCCCGGCGCCAAUGAGGAAGACACAGUCACGGCAACAGCACCACCUACCUCCCGGCGCGGAACGGCCGGGCAGCCCUCCCCUCACACGCGCGGCCGAGCGGGGCGUGGGGAAGGCGCUUGGGCCUCCCUGGCCUGCACCCGGGGGGCACCAUCCGCCCCGCGCCCCGGCACCCGCCGAGACCCCCAGGCACACCUGCCCUGCUGUCGGGGGAGAGCUGUGGGGGUGUUCCCCCUGGCCACCAUCUUUUUGA